AUGCAAAAGUGGACCGAACCGUGCCACAACGUUGUGCUGCCGGCGCCGCCGUCCGGCCAAACAACGGGACGACGAUGGGCGUGCUCGGCCCGCCCAAACCACCGGCACCACUGGACGUCGAACCGCGGUGGCAGCAGCGGCGCCACACGACCUGGCACGGGAAGCAGGAACUUAGAGCACACAACCGCGCCUUCGACGCGAGCCAGCUCUCGAAAAAGCGCGCGCAAGCGCAGCGCGGCCCGCCGACGCCGCCGCGCGUCGUCGACGCGGCGGCCGUCCGCAAGGCCCGGGCCGCGGCGCACAAGCGCGUUUUAGAAUACAAGCGGCGGCAGCAGCACGUACCCGUGAUACACGCGGCGCCGACGCCCCAGACGUAUGAUGAUGAUAGCUUUGAGUUCGAGGAAGCGGCGCCCACCAAAAUGCCCUGGUACUCGCAGGACCGGGCCCGGAAGCUGGCGUCGCAGCACGCUAGAGAGAGGCGCGAGGCCGCCCUGCGCCGGAAGGAAGCGCAAAGGAAGCACCGGGAGACUGUGGAAAAGCGGUUGGAACGCGUGCAACAGACGAUUUUGAGGAGACGGCGCGACCGGCAGGGCACCUUCCGGAAAGGUUCUGCAGUGCUCGUCGAAGAAGCACCAAAGCACGAAAAGACGCUGAACUGGAAGCCUGAAACAGCCUGGCGGCCGGGGCCCUACCCGAACCCCCAGAAGACGUCGAUGGCGCGGACGAGAUUGUUUGGUCCGCCCCCGGUGGACUCGAAAAAGGCCUUCCGGGACGUCGUCGAGGCGCUCAAGUCGCCGACGCGGCCGCCGCGGAAGAUCGCGGCCGCCGCCGCGGGCUGGCGCAAGGCCUGGUCCGCCGUGCGCGAGUUCAUGCGGACUGAUGAGAGGUGCAUUCAACGAAGGAGGGAAAUGUUGCAGGCGCAGGUACUUGAGAUGAGGGAACGUCUGGGCAUGUCUGAGGCGCCGCCGCCGCCCGCAAACCUUGUCAAGGCCGAGUCUGUGCCCGUGUCGCCGCCCGAGGUGACUAGCUGUGUGGAAAUCAACCAGUGGUUAGGUUGCGGACCUUCGUGAUCCUCCACGCCAUCGGGGCGCCCGAAACUUCAUUUCCACACAGGCGCCAAGGGGCUUGCGCAAACAGCCCGGCUCGCCGCGUUCCCAGCGCGUGCGCGUGCCCGGCGGCGGCGGGCCCUCGUUCUCAACGCCGAAAAUGCCCGCCUCGCCGCACCGGCCGCCGACGCGCAAGCCGCCGCCGCCGCCGCCACCGACGCCGCCGCCCAAUCCGCCGGCUGACGCGUCGCCGCGCGACAUUUUGAAUCGCUUGCGGCAGCAGCAACCUUCGGCGAUGGACGCCUCCGCCGAAGGCAGCCUCCUGCGCUCGAGCCGCGAGUCGCUCCCGGCGGGCGCGGUCCUCGGCGGCCGGCCGGCGCGAUCCGCGCCGCUGGCAUCCUCGGCGGACGGGUCGGCCCUUGGCAGCCGCCCGGCGGCGGCGCCGCCCGCUCCAAGCCGCGAGGAGCCGCGCGAGGAGCCGAGCGUCGACGCCCAAGUCGACGCACUUGCGGACACGCUGGACGACGAUGGCGACGACGAUGACGCCGCGGAAGCGUCGUCGCCGCGGGACAUCCUCGAGCGGCUCCGGAGCGAGCAGCCGUCGGCGUCGGCGGAAGGUUCGUUGCUGCGACGGAGCCGCGAGGAGACCGACGCGCAGCAGGUCGAUGCGAUAGCGGAUAUUCUAGAUGCGGAUGACGACGCCGCGGCCGCGCCGGCGCCAGCGGCGACCGACGCGCAGGAGGUGGAACGAUUAGCUGACGUGCUGGACGACGAUGCCUCGGACAUGGACGUCUUCGCGCAGGGAAGCCCGCGGAUAUCGAUGGGCGGAAGCUCGUUCGCGGACGAGUCCAAGGCCGACGACGCGUCGUCUUCCUUAUUAGAGAGCAAGGAUUUUCAACUCCAUGGAUCAGGCGGCUUCGACUCGGACGCAUAAAACUAAAACAUGAUUACUA